AUGCUGGCCACGAUGGGUUACAUUACGCCGGAGUGUCCUGGCUGCAGAUGGGAGGAUGGGAGGAUCACCGGCAAGUUUCCGGGCUACUUGAGCCCAUCAGCCGGCUUGAAGUUCGCCGAUGUGCCCAACGGCCUUGCGGCGAUCUCCAAGGUUCCACAGGCUGGUUGGGGGCAGAUCUUGCUCUACAUGGCCUACUGCGAGGCCUCGCAGACCCAAGAGCCCGGAACGGCAGCUUAUGCCGGGGACUUCGGUUGGAAAGUGCUGACCUCUAGCGACCCGGCAGAGAAGACGAAGAAGCUGAAUGCAGAGCUUGCGAACGGAAGACUGGCCAUGAUGGCCAUCAUUGGUAUGUUCUUCCAGGAUGGACUCACAGGAUCCGCCUGGGGUGACUGGGCCAACUACACCGCGUCGCCUCUGCGCGCGUUCGAGAGCGAGCUCGGCGUGCAGGAUCCCGUCGGGUUCUGGGAUCCCGUCGGCUUCACCUCCGAUGGCGAUGUUGCCUCAUUCAAGCGCCGCAGAUCCGUGGAGUUGAAGCACGGCCGCAUCUCGAUGAUGGCGACCAUGGGCCACUUGAUGGCACCUACAUAA